AUGGACUUUAACACUCUGCUGCAGCGCGCACAAUGUUUGGUAAAUGGCAACAACUGCGAGACGCCACGUGUGGCGCGCACGUUGCAACAAGUGCUACAAGGCACGGAACAAAUGCACGCGCGCAUCACACAGACCGGCGGCAAGGAUAAGGACAUUCAAGCGCACAUUUUGCUCGGCUCCCAGGGAGUGGAUUUGCCCAAACUAAAUCAAAAAUUAGAGGCUCUCAGCACACGCAAGACUUUCGAACCCGUGGAUGCCACAUCAACGGAUACGGAUGUGAGCACAUUUCUCAAGAACGAGCGGGAGAAUGCCAUACUCUCAGUCAUUGAGGAUACAAAUAAGAAUAUUAGCGAGACGGUGAGCAAACAGAAAUGGGAGCAUCUCAUAUGUACGUGGAAUCAGGAGAAAACACGCCUGCUCGAUGCUUUAAUCGGACCAUCACAAAACUUUAUAGAUCUACAACGUCUGCCAGAGUACACUAUUCUGAAUCCACAAUGCCCACCGAUUUCCUGUCUCAGUCGAAUGGAGCUGCUUUAUGCGCAGGAGCUCCGCCAAUACAAUGAUCUGGUGGUUAAAGGCGCACCUCGUCCACACUUAGUGCAGAAAUUUUCGCAGGUAGCCAUCAGCUUUGGCGAUCCACGUUUAAGUGAUAUGUGGACCUUGCUUGCUUGCGUCACCCAAGUCAAGGAGCCCCAGCGCAGUGAUCCCAUCAAGGAACGCCAGCAGCGGUGGGAAUUCGUGCAGCAUGCGCGUUCAUAUUUAGAGCGCCGCUACAAGACUUACAUGCAUUCAAUUGUGGGAGGAAGUGGUGGAAGAGACAAUUAUCAAUUACUGCAUGCCUAUGUCAGCAAACGCUUCAGUGAACAACACAUCAUUGGACUGGUGGAUCCUGGCUGCGGCAAAUUGCUCUGGCCUUUGGUCUACUACAGCUUGAGAUGUGGCUCUGUCAGCACAGCCAUUUCCUUUCUGCAGGAAGCGGGCAACAGUUGCGAGGAAUUUGCCCAACUGAUUGUCGAUCGUGAGGCAGGUGUGAUUAACAGCAAAAUGGAGAGUCGUCUAAAGCUUCAGUAUGCGAAUAAAAUUAAGAACUCCACGGACUCCUACAAGAAGGCCGUCUACUGCAUUAUACUCAGCUGUGAUCCCAAUGAAGUGCACAGCGAAGUGGCGAAGACGAUUGAUGAUUUCCUUUGGAUAAAGCUAGCCAUGUUGCGUGUGGGCGAUGCCCAAAGCUAUAGCAAUUUGCAGUGCUUGAUUUUGGAGAAAUAUGGUGAAAAGUAUUUUAAUGCCAAGCAACAGGCGCAUCUUUAUUUCCAAACUCUGGCACUAACCGGACAAUUCGAGGCAGCCAUUGAGUUCCUCGCACGCACCCAAGCUAAUCGUUCACAUGCCGUCCACAUGGCCAUUGCCCUGCAUGAGCUGGGAGUGCUGGGUGGCGCAAGGAGUGUCACACAGCCGCUUCUUACAAUAGAUAUUGUCGAUCCGCCACCGCUACGACGACUUAAUUUGUCGCGUCUCAUUCGUCUUUAUGUACAGCGUUUUGAGCGCACGGAUACGGCAGAGGCUCUACACUAUUAUUAUACCCUUCGGGGUCUUUGCGAUGCCAAUGGGCGCAAUAUGUUUCUCGCCUGUGUUUGUGAACUGGUCGUGGAGAGUGGUGUGCUGGAUACAAGCAUAUUUGAUUUGAUCUUUGGUCAACGGGAGGCGAAUGCAGAUGGUGGAGUUGGAAGCGGCCUCUUCCAACAAUUCGAUUGCCCCGACUUCAAUUCACGCACAACGGCCGGCUUGGUGGGAGAUGAGUUAGUGCGGCGUGGAAACUUUGAGAUGGCCCUGCGUCUCUAUGAUAUCGCAGGCAAAUAUAAUGAGGCACUUAAGCAAAUUUCGAUUCUGCUCGCUCAAACAGUCGCCCAACCACCGGCGGAAGGCACAUUACGCGCACGCCUCAGUGUAGAAGUUGAACAGCUGGACAAACGACUCACAGAUGUGGAGCCCAAGGUGCAUGCCACCUAUGAGUUGCUUAAGAACCUGUUGCACUUCUUUGACAAAUACCACGAGCGUAAGCCGCUAGAAGCCUUAGAAUUGCUGAAAAGGACUCAACUCAUACCUAACAACUGUGAGGAGGUGGACAGCUGUGUGGCCAAUAUAAAGCUAUUGAGUGGAGAAGUCAUAAAAGUGCUGCCCGAUGUUAUGGUAGCAACCCUUGAAAUUGGCCAUACCCUCUACAAGAAUCUAAAAGAGGGGCAGGGACCCAAGGAUACCAAUUACGAGCGAAAAUUAUUGGCGUUGCGCGAACGUGCCAAGGCAGUGGCUAACAUGGCCGCGACAAUGCCUUAUCGCAUGCCCUUCGACAACAAUCAACGUCUUGUACAGCUGGAAUUGCUUAUGCAUUAAUAUAUAAGCUAUUGAUUAAAUUAAAUAAUAAAUAACGUAAAAACAAAUAA